AUGUCAACCCAACGAGUGCAUUUUUCAAGUCCUCUAGAAACUACUCAGCAACACAUGGCCUCAGCUGGUAAGUCAUCUGCCGAAGUUCAAUGCAAGGCAUCCCUUGCAGAAUGGUGGGGUGAUUUUGUGCCCAUAGACCAGUGGGAGCCCCCGAGGGUGCGGUCGCGAUUCCAGCACCUGCAAUUUAGAAGAUACGACAUGAGUCCGGAGACUCGGAUCGAGACUCUCGACAGCCGCAUUGGAGAUUCGACUCCUGAUGAAUAUGAGCGCUCUUUCGCCGGGGUGGAGGUGUCAAUUCAGGAACUGGCUGCCAUGUUCGACAAGUCCUGGGGCAUGUCUGAACCAUCAACACCCGAACGAUCUGCAGACUUGGACAAAGAGGUCAACAGGCUGGUAGACGACAGUCCAUCAUACGAUCUUGGGUGGAACGUCCCAUCCGCUGCAUCGUCCAGCAACCCAUCUCCCUCAGUAGAUGAUAACACCAGAGAUGACGGUGAUGAAGAAGGCCCGGGGUAUGAUCUCCGGUGGGGCCUGAAUGUGACUUCGGGUCAACUGCCUGAAGUUGUGAUGGAUGAAGAUGAUGCGCCGGCGUAUGAUCUUGGGUGGGGAUCCACGCAUUUGGGUGAACAGCCCGUUCAGCAAGACGCAAUCGAUGGACACGGGUAUGACCUCGGAUGGGGACCAGCACCUGCGGGUGAACACCAGAAGGAAGAAGAAGACGACAAUGACGAACCCUCAUAUGAUCUCGGGUGGGGGUCAACACCCGCAAGUGAACACCCGAUGCAACAAGAGGUCGUUGAUCUCACGGGUGAAGAUGAACCGUUGUACGAUCUCGGGUGGGGAGAACACCAAGGGUCCGGAAGGAAGACCAACCAUAGCAAUAAUACCCAGCGGUAA